CUGCUUCAGGUAAAAGUGCAUCAGAUAUUUACUGAAGAGCCCCGGCAAAAAUAGGUUUUAAUUAUUAUAUUUUUUUAAUUGUGUAUGAUUUACAUGUUUGAGUAUGUAACGAUCGCACUGCUUUUCUUUGUAUCGCCACUCGCCAGGCAACAAUGUAGUUGAUAUUAAGUUACUUUAAUUAAAUGAAUGAAUUAUUGUCUUUUUGCUCCAUUGCGUCAACUAAAAUGCUUUUAAAGACAUUAUUAACUUAGGCGUCUCUGCAGCAACAUACUGCCGUGUUAUGUUCCUGAAUAAACGAAUCAAGUGACUCACUGAUCCAUACAGACUGUUUACUGAACGAAUCAUUCGUUUUGAACAAAACUGAUUAAAAUUGACUCGUCUCCACCUGCUGGCAAAUGUAUUGUUCUGUGUGUGCACUCCCUGGUGUGUGUGUGUUUUUUUUUUUUUUUUUAGAUAUUGUGACCCUGAAACACGUGAGUGGAAUUGAAAGACGGUCACAUUCUGCACCACACACGGUCGGUCUCUCUCUCUCGUGUCACGGAUGAUGAUGAUCAUGCCUGGAGAUCAGCUGAUCGAUUCUGACGGUUGUGUUUGAUCGGAUCUGAUCGUGAUGCAUCUCGUAGAUUUUAUCGCCGGUUCUGUCGGAGGAGCUUUUGGUGUGGCGGUGGGCUAUCCGUUAGACACAGUGAAGGUGAGAAUUCAGACUCAGAAACACAAUGGUGGUGUUUGGGACUGUGUCAAAAGACUGUGGAGGACUGAAGGAAUCAAAGGUUUUUACAGAGGGAUGUCCAUGCCUGUCACCACAGUGUCCAUCAGCUCUUCUCUGGUGUUCGGCACGUACAGAAACGUGCUGCAUCAUUUACACAACAUGCGUGACAGACGCACAACAGACGCGCAUCAUAGAGUGGAUAUAUUUGUGGCAGGGUUUGCCGGUGGAGUUGCUCAGGUUUCGGCGAUGGCCCCCGCAGACAUCGUGAAGGUUCGUCUUCAGUGUCAGACCGAAAGGGUUUACCGUGCUGGACCAGACUCGAGGCCAAAAUACCGCGGUCCACUACAUUGUGCGCUGAGCAUCGCUCGUGAGGAGGGCCUGACUGGACUCUACAGAGGCUCGACGGCUUUAGCGCUGCGGGACGGACCUUCAUUCGCCACUUACUUUCUCACUUACAACACCAUCUGUGACUUACUGUCUGCAGGGAACAAACAUGCAGAUUGGCCGGUGGUUCUGUUAGCUGGCGGAGUCUCGGGCAUGUGCGGAUGGGCCGUAGGGACGCCGAUGGACGUCAUCAAGUCCCGUCUGCAGGUGGACGGUAUGAAUAGACGACGCUACAGAGGAUUCAUUCACUGUAUAAAAGACAGCGUAAGGACUGAAGGUGCGGCGGUUCUGUUCAAGGGUUUGGCUGUUAACUGCAUACGGGCCUUUCCCGUCAACAUGACCGUCUUUGCCACGUAUGAGCUGGUUCUUCGAAUUCAGUCAACAUUGUCGUAGAUUAAAAAUCAUAAUCGGAGAUUGACUUGCUCGAGAUCAUUUAUUCCUCACUGAAGAAAAUCUUGGACAAGACGAUCAAACUUUGGCCUUCAGAGUUGAGCUUCUUCUACUGGAAACAUUUUGUGUUUAACUGCAUUUUUAUAAACACCUGUAGAAUCUAACAAACACUAUUUAUUUAUUCUUUCUAUUAUAUAUGAUGUAUUAUUAUAAAGAGUUUUGCUGUGUCACUCGGAUGCAGUUUUCUAAUACAAUUAUUCACAAAUGUUUCUCUGUUUAUUUAUGAUGCACUUAAUUCUCUGUUGUCAAGUUUAUCUUCACGAUAUUUGUGGUGUGAUGUCACAUUUGUAAAGAUUUAGGAUUCAUUUGUCGGAGA